AUGGCCCGAGGUGAAUCCGUCCACGUGAAGAACAACCAGCGCAAGGAAUUCAAGGAGCGUCAAAAUGCCUUCAACGAUCGGCAACGACGCGGUGCCAUGCGACGUAAAAUCCAUGAGGUCACCGGCCACAAAUUUAUGGCGCUAUUCUUGCGGCAGCCCACGUUCUGCGCCCACUGCAAGGAAUUCAUUUGGGGAAUCGGCAAGCAGGGUUAUCAGUGUCAAAUCUGCACCGUCGUUGUCCACAAGCGAUGCCAUGAGGAUGUUGUGUGGAAAUGUCCGGGCAAUAAGGAGCAGGGGCUUGAUGAGAUCUCGAAAGAAGUGCAGGAUAGUGGUAUGGGACGGUUCAACAUCAAUAUGCCGCAUCGCUUUAUGGUGCAUUCCUAUAAGCGGCCCACAUUCUGCGACCAUUGCGGUUCUAUGUUGUACGGAUUGAUCAACCAGGGCCUCCAAUGCACAACGUGUCGCUUGAAUGUACAUAAGCGGUGUAAAAACAAUGUGGCGAACAACUGCGGCAUCAACGCGAAGCAGAUGGCCGCCGAAUUGGCCCAGCUCGGCCUCACCGGCGAUAAAAUGAGCGUGCGGAGCAAGAAGAAGCCCUCGAUAAUGAGCGCAAUGAGCACAGAAACGACCAGCACCAGCUUAUCGGAUCCCUCUUCCGUUAUAUCUGUGGAGCCGAAUCAGAAGAUUGUGCACACCGGCGGGAAGAGCAGCAUUUCCAUCCAGGACUUCACAUUCAUCAAAGUUCUUGGAAAAGGAUCUUUCGGAAAGGUCAUGCUGGCCGAGAAGAAGGGUUCGGAUGAGGUGUACGCCGUCAAGGUUUUGAAGAAGGACGUCAUCUUGCAGGACGAUGACGUCGAGUGCACGAUGUGCGAGAAGCGAAUUCUGGCGCUGGCUGCCAAGCAUCCUUUCCUGACGGCACUGCAUUCUUCUUUCCAGACACCGGACCGUCUCUUCUUUGUAAUGGAGUAUGUCAACGGUGGUGAUUUGAUGUUCCAAAUCCAGCGAGCCCGGAAAUUCGAUGAACCACGAGCAAGGUUCUACGCCGCUGAAGUCACGUGCGCUCUUCAAUUCUUGCAUAAGAAUGACGUUAUCUAUCGCGACUUGAAGCUCGACAACAUCCUCCUCGAUGCUGACGGCCAUUGUCGACUCGCCGAUUUUGGAAUGUGCAAAGAAAACAUCAACAAAGAUAAUCUAACAAGCACUUUCUGCGGGACGCCUGAUUACAUCGCUCCGGAAAUCCUGCAAGAACUCGAAUACGGCGAAUCGGUAGAUUGGUGGGCCCUCGGAGUGUUGAUGUAUGAAAUGAUGGCUGGUCAACCUCCAUUCGAGGCCGACAACGAGGACGAUCUUUUCGAGGCUAUCUUGAAUGACGAUGUCCUAUACCCGGUCUGGCUGUCCAAGGAAGCUGUCAACAUUUUGAAAGCUUUCAUGACGAAAAACCCGCAGAAGCGACUAGGGUGCGUCGCAUCCCAGGGCGGUGAAGACGCGAUUCGAGCCCAUCCAUUCUUUAGGGAUAUUGAUUGGGAUGCGUUGGAAGCUCGGCAGGUUCGGCCUCCAUUCAAGCCAAAGAUCAAAAACAAACGCGACGCCAACAACUUCGACGCCGACUUCACCAAAGAGGAGCCUGUCUUGACUCCAACUGAAGUACAGAUCGUGCGGACAAUCAACCAGGACGAAUUCCGCGGCUUCACUUUUGUCAACCCGAACUUCAGCUACAAA